AUGGCUAACAUUGUUUAGAUCAUCUUUAAAUAUGAUUUGAUCAUUGAAAAUUGUAGCAUUUAUCUUAUAAUUGGAUUAUGCCCUUUAUCCUAUUAUUUGGGGCUGAGUUUUUAUGAAGAUAUAUUUAUCAAUUUGAUACAGAAUAGAAACAUACAAGAUUUUUGGAUUUAUUCUUAAGAAUUGAUUGAAAUGUAUUCUUCGUAGGAACAAAAAUUGAUAAUUUAUAUAUCUAUUCGAAAUCACAUUAAUCAUUGCUCAAACGUUGGAUGUUAUUGUUCGAAAUAUGGCAAAAAUUUAAAAUUGGAUAGUAAUAGUUAAAGCAUAGUAAGUGGAAAUAAAGAUAUGACUCUAAAUUAUCGAUGUCUGAGAGAAUUGAAUUUAAAGUUUGAUGAUGUUGUUAAAUUGAUGGAUUCAUUAUUCUUUCAAACUUUAAAUCAUCCAAAGUUAAAGAGAAAAGAUAGAUUGAAUUAUUUGUAUGCAUCAUUUUUGGAAAAGUACUCAGGGAAUAAAUUGAUGAGUUAUUACUUUCUUAAACUAUUCUGUUAUAAACACAAAGCAAAACUGAGCUAUUUUUAUAGGAUGAUAUUCCCAAAAAUUAUCAAAAAAUUAGAGUUAAAGCUGAUUUAUUUCAACAAAAUCUAGUAAGAAAAUAAUAAGAAGGAUUCAUUACUUGAUGAUUUAUCUUUAGAAACUGUGAUUCAAAUUGAAAAUUCAUGCGCAAGUUAUUAGAAAUCCUUUGUAUCAAUCCUUACCUAAAAGAUAAUCAUUUGGUAAUUAAUUGAGAAAGGUAGUGAAUCAAUUUCAAUUUUUAUUAAAAAGAUUUAUAGACCUCUUAUAGAAAUAGUGACAUAGAAUAAAAAGAUUUAGUAUGAGAUAUCCUAAUUAUCACAAAAUUAUGAAAAUGCUGGAUUUUUAAAGAUUCUUUAAUUAAGCUAUCUUGUAAUAUCUAAUUCUUUGGGAAGAGUUAAUAUUUUAGAAUAAAAAAUAUAAGAAUUAAAGAAUAGAGAUCAGUAUAGGGAAGAUGAGGGUUUGAAUAAUUUUAAUUUAAUGAGAGGGCAGUUCACUCUAAUAAAAACAGGACUCAUUAGAUCUUUAGGGUAUAUUCUAAGUAAAAAUGAAGAAAGAAUAGAAGCCUUUUUUAAUUACAAUAAAGAUGAAUAAGCUAAAAUCAUCAAUAUUAAUUAAUUAAUGCCUCCUCAUAUAGCAAGUUUUCAUAACUAGAUUAUUCAUUAAUAUAUAUAAACUGGAUAGACUUAUCUGAUGUAUGAUAAUAGAAGAGUGUAUGUAUCUAACAAAAAUUAGUUUAUUUUCCCUAUUAUGUUAUCGCUAAGAAAUGAUUUUUCCAAUUUUGAAGAUUGUGUUUUUAAUGUUUGUAUGUUGAAGGUUUCAUUUUAGGAUGCAAUAAUGUUUGAUGGACGUGGGUCUAUACUGGGCAUGAGCGAGAACUUAUUUACUUUGUUAUCUGAUUCUGAAAAAUUGUUUUCUUAUGCAGAUAUACUAAAAUAUGGAUUAAUUUAGGUGUUAUUUCCAAAUUUUUAUAAAGUAUUGGACGAUAUAGACGAGGCAUAAAAUAAUUAUUAUAGGGAUAGUGAUGUUACUGCUGAUCUCGAAUUCGAAGAUUUGAAAUCAUCAAUCCAUAUAAAUUCAAAUUUUAUCAGUUUGUGCUAAUAAUAUCAAAAUCAUUCAUAAGGGAGUUAGUAUGAUAAAGAAUUAUCAAAAAUGUCAACAACCAAUAAUAGAGUUGAAUUAUUCGAUAGAAAAGAUAGAGAAUUGAUGAAAGAAUUUGCUUAAGAAUAAAAAGGCUUGAAAAAAACAUCAAGAGGGUUUCGUCUAAGAUUUGACCUUCAAAAAUUUGAAAAGAAUUUCAAGGGUCUUUCUUAAGAAUUUUUUACAUUUGUAGGAACAGAAUCUUAGAGGUAGAAUGUAUUCACCUAUUUUAUAAUUGAUAUAAAAGAAUUAUCGUAAGCAACAUCAAAAGUUAAUCAAACCGUAUCGACUAUAUCAUAAUAUUUAACAAUAAGUCAUAAUUACACAUAAACAGAUUAGAAAAUGUCCACAAUUAUGAUAAACAAAGACCUUCAAUAUAAUGCUUAAAUGAAUGAUGAAAUAGAUGGUUAAGAAGAAAAAGGAACUUUAUAAUUCAACAUUUCGCUAAGUCAACCCAUGUAACCUGCAUUUUAGGUGGAGUCCCCUCGAAUUUAAUUAGAAACUCCUAAGGAUACUGAAAGAGGAAUGUUAAGUAAUAAGCAUCACUCCUCUGAUUUACUGGGAUAAUAAAGAUAUUUUAAAAAUAUGUUUGAUAAUGUUUAUGAACAAUAAUUAAAAUAGAAAGGCUUAAAUGAUCCUAGGUUUAUAUCUAAAAAUGGAAUACAAGAUGAUGGAAUGAGAGAAUUUGAAGAAGAGUUAGAAUACGGAUAUUUACAUCAUUAAUAAUAAUAAAAAGAGUAGUUAAAUGAAGAUCCACCUACAUUUUAAAAGUAAUAAUGUGUAGUUUAUGUAAAUAAAAUAAAAUAAAACAAAUAAAAAAGAAUAUUAGAUGAACAAUAAUCCACAACAAGUGGAAUGUCGAAAGCCGAAAGAGAAAAUCUAGAAAAAAUUUAUAUGAAUUCUAAAAUGCCUCAUCAAUUCUAUUAUUUAAUAUCAUCAUGGAUCUUUAUCAUUGUUAUUUCCUUAGCCUCUAUAAUUACUUUAUCUGUCCUAAGUGUCAGCAUGUUAGAAGAUGUUAUAACUACAAGUGCUCAUUUACUCAUUCCAUAUGAAUUUAAUAGGGCAUAUAUCAAUAGUGCAUAAUAAGCAAUAUAUUUGCAUAGUAAGUAAUUUUAAGAGGAUAACUUUAAUAAUUAUAAUAUUUCAAUUAAUAGUUUUUAUGAAUCGAUUACAGAAACGACAGUUACAUACAGGGAAUUGUUAAAUUCAGAGAUUGAUUAGUAUAUUAAGGUAGAAGAACAAAAUAUUUCUAUCGAAGUUUAUACAGACAUGGAUAAUUAUUAAUAGGAUGAAAUAAGUAUCUAUGAUUUUCUUCUAAGUAACUACUAAAUAAUGUUAUCAAUUAAUGAAACAAAUUAACUAUUUAAUUUGAUCAGUAGAUUUUAUGAUAUAACAGAAAGUACAGAUGUGAUUAAUGAUUUCUAAAUGGAUGGAAUAGUGAAUGACAUUAAUAAUUUGAUAAAUGUUUAGGAUUAUAUAACAUUUUUUACAAUUGGAAUUUUGGUAUUGCCUUUAUUUCCAUAUUUAAGAAAUUAUAAAAAGCUAAACAUUUAUUAAGAAAAAAUUGUUUUAUUAAUUACAAGAAUUAAUGUAAAUGAAUUCUAGAAGGAAGUAAAAUAUAUUUCUGAAAUACUUGAGAAUAUUUCGAAAUUGAAUACUUUAAAUUUAGUCACUAGCGACUUUGUUUCUUAAGAAAUUUUAAAUGAUAAACCAAAUUACUCUUUGAAAACCAAUGCUAAGCAAUAAAUACUUUAGACCAAAAUUUACGAUGUAAAAUUGUCAAUGUGGUUUGAAUUUACAAUUGUUAUUUUCAUAUUUAUCAGCAUGACUAUAUAUUGGAUUGGAGGACUUCUAUUUUCUAAUUAGAUUCCAAGUGACUAUUUAGAAAGAGCAGAAUAAUAUGUACAUUUAUCUCAUGAGUAUUAACACAUCUAGCACUACAAUCUGCUAAAUGAAAUGAUAGUUAAUACCUACACAAAAGAAAGUUUGGCAGAUAUUUAUGUAAAAUAUGAUGAAGCAAUACAAAGCUAUUCUGUAUUACCAUUACCAUUAGCAAAAGAGAAUGGAGACUUGGAAUUUUUGAACGAAAUAUACUAUAAUGAUCUUUGCAUUAACUCUAAUCAUUUUGUUUGUGGGCAACAAUAAUUGAGGAAAAGUUACUAGAAUGGCUUAAAUGGAGUGCUCCAAAAUAUUAAACUAUUAUUUUAUUAAGAACAUUUUAAAAGAUAUGUUAGUGAUGAAUAUUGGGCAUUGGUAGUGUUUUUUCCUUCGUUUAUAGAACCUUUUAUUUACUAAAUUAUUACCGAAAAGAAUUCCUAUUUAAGCACUUAUAUCUAUAAUCUGGAAGUUGGUUGUCUUCUUUAUUAUCUAGCAGGAGGAUUAAGUAUGACGCUAUUUAGUUUAGUGUAUUUUUACAAGCAAAGUGAAAGUAAUUAUACUACUAUUAACUUUAGUUCUUCAUAAUUAAAUAUAUUUGAUUAGACAUCUACUGAUGUUUAUUCCUUUUGA